AUGGGAUACACUUCAUUGCUCAGAAGCCCCAAGAAAGAAGAACAAGAGGUACCAGAUGCCAUCACCUCCUCAUUGCCAAUUUCUAACCAACCCUACACCUGUGAAGAUUUCAAUAUUUUAGAUGAACUCCAAGGGGUCUUCAACUCCAAGGAGGAUCAAGAGUUGCUGCAUCAAAACUCUUCAAGUGCAGAACUUCACUGGGAUUUCAUGGAAUGGGAGGAAUUCGCCCCCAUUGGAGAGGAAGGAGAAGAUGAAAACGAAGGGAAAGAGAAUGUUACAGAGGGCAUGAGCCAUUACCUUUUUGAGGAGCAGCAGAUAAAGAGAGAAAGCAUUGUUGGGUUCUGGGAAGUGGAUGAUGAGAAGAUGGUCGCUUUGAACUUGAACUUGAACUAUCAAGAGGUUUUGGAUGCAUGGUCUGACCGAGGGUCUCUCUGGGCUGAUGACUGUUCUCUUUCAUUCGCCACCAACAAUGGCUACUAUAAUGGAGAAGUGCCAGUGUUGGAAGAAGAGAGAGCAAGGAGGGAAGCAAGUGUUCUUAGAUACAAAGAGAAACGUCAGAACAGAUUGUUCUCAAAGAAGAUAAGAUACCAAGUUCGGAAAUUAAACGCUGAUAAAAGACCAAGAAUCAAGGGUCGCUUUGUGAAGAGACACUGA